AUGAUCAUGGCAAAGAUGAUCAUGCAUAACGACACCAUGGAUAGCAAUGACAUGGUGAUGAUGCACAUGAGUUUCUUCUGGAGCAAAGACGUUGUGAUGUUAAUCAAUGGGUGGCCGAAUGGGAAAUUAGUCGUCAAGCUGCAGGGAAGUAGUCCGUUCAUUGGUGGAUUGGUUCAUGCUACGUUUUAUGGACUACGAAUGGCUCUUGUUUAUCUAAUUAUGUUGUGUGUGAUGUCGUACAAUGUUGGCGUUUUUGUUUUUGUGGUGGCUGGACAUGUUAUCGGGUGUUUUUUAGUCAAAUAUCGGAUGAUUUCGAGGGCGGCUUCUAAAUCUAGAAUGGAAUUGGAUCCUGUGUAA